UUUAUCCAUUUUUCCCUCUCACUCACACAGAAGAUGCUCUCAUGUCCGCCAUGCCACUUCUAUUCCACCAUUCUUCCCCCACGCUCUCCACGCGCCUCCCUCCUCCGCCGCCGUGAAGACGAAACUCCUCAACCACCGCCGCCGCCGGAUCUCAACCCCCGUCGCCACAACUCCAAGUCCACCGCCCUCCUUCUCCGCCACCUCUCUCACUCGUCGCAACACUCGGACUUCCCGAAUCCCGAAGACCUCCGCCACCGCCACGUGUCGCCGGAGGAGCGAGCGAGACUCCUUGAGCUCUCCCUCGUACGGCAGCGCACUCCUCAGUUCCCCGGCUCCAUCUACGUCCAGUCCCCCGGCGAUGCCGAUGUCGCCACUUCUCUCCCGCCAAUUCAGUCUCUCUUCUUCCGAGACCGAGCCGACGACGACGAUGAUCGGAAUAUGAUAAUGAGGGCGAUCGAGAUUCGGAGGAAGGUGACGGCCGAGAUUUUCAAGGAGGCGAUGCGAAAGGGGAAAUUCGGGAUCACUUACACCACCAAUUUGGCGGAUAGCUUGGGAGAAUUCAUUGACUACGUUAUGGUUGAAGCGGCGUCGCUUAAGCGGUUGCCGGAGUAUUCGGAUUCCACGUUCAACGUUCGCGCCAAGACUGUUAUUCAGGACUCCAAAGUUGUGCCUUUGAUCAGGUGGUUGAAGCAUAAUUCACUGUCGUAUCCCCAAAUUGCUAAGCUCAUUUGCAUGACGAAGGGGAAUUUAGAGUCCAUUAGCCGACUUGUUGAGUGGUUAAAGUCGGUGCAUGUCAAGGGGAGAUUCGUUGGAGUUGCAAUGUUGAAAGCAGGCGAAAAUCUUUUCCAACGCAAGAACAAAGAAUUUGAUGAGAUUGUUGAAUUUUUGGAGAGAAAUGGAGUUAGAAGAGAGUGGAUGGGUUAUGUGUUGAGUCGAUGUCCCCAAUUGUUGUCCUACAGUAUGGAAGAAGUAGAAGCUCGUGUGGGGUUCUUCUUGGAUAUGGGCAUGAAUGAGAAGGAUUUUGGCACAAUGGUCUUUGACUAUCCCAGGGUAUUCGGCUACUAUUCUCUUAUAGAGAUGAACGAGAAGGUUAGCUACUUAAAAGAGUUUGGCCUUAAUCAUGAGGAAGUUGGAAAAUUACUGGCAUUUAAGCCACAAUUGAUGGGUUGUGGCAUUGAGGAAAGAUGGAAGCCUCUAGUUAAGUAUUUGUAUUACCACGGAAUUUCACGAGAUGGUAUGAGGAGAAUGCUUACUAUAAAACCAAUGGUUUUCUGCGUGGAUUUGGAGGCAACCAUAGUGCCAAAGGUACAAUUUUUUCAGGACAUUGGCAUUCGAGAUGAUGCUAUAGGCAACAUGCUUGUAAAGUUUCCUCCACUGCUGACAUACAGCCUCCACAAGAAAAUCCGGGCUGUGGUAAUAUUCUUGAUGACGAAAGCUGGAGUCAGUGAGAGGGAUAUUGGGAAGGUUAUAGCUUUGGGACCAGAGCUCUUGGGAUGCAGUAUUGUGCAUAAGCUCGAGAUCAAUGUAAAAUAUUUUCUGUCACUUGGCAUUCGUCUUCGACAAUUGGGUGAAAUGAUUGCUGAUUUUCCCAUGCUGCUCCGGUACAAUGUAGAUCUCCUCCGUCCAAAGUAUCGUUACUUGCGGAGGACCAUGGUCCGCUCUUUGGAAGAUGUGAUUGAAUUUCCAAGGUUUUUCAGCUACUCUCUUGAAGGCCGAAUUAUUCCAAGGCACAAGAUUCUGGUAGAGAAUAGGAUCAGUAUGAAACUACGCUACAUGCUGGCUAGCACUGAUGAAGAGUUCGAGCAGAGGAUUGAAGCUAUAAAGGAGAGACGCCGCAGAUUCGAAUCUGGUGUCAGGAAUGACAACCCCCUUAAUACUGAGGAGAUUGAUGGCGAUAACGCUAUGGUGAACCGGACAGUCAUUGAUUUUUCUGAAAGUGAGGUGGAAUCAUAAUUUCUAAUUCUCAAACUCCAUCUGCCAAGUUGCCCUCAGGUUCAAUUCUUCAAGCCCUCUUGGCUUGCAUGAUGGAUCUUGUUCUCGAGCUGUCAAAAAAGAAGUAAUUGCCGCUGAAACAGAAUGGCAAAGUGAAGGAUGAGAAUAAUCCAACAAAACCGUGUCAUUCUUGCAAUACACAAACCAAAGAUUUAUGAUUCAUAUAAGGUCAACAAAUGAAGGUGAUGAACAUCGAUGCCUAGGGAAACGUAAUAGACAGGUUUAUGGUUAAUAUGUCUACUGUGGAAGGCAAGGAAAGCUUUUCAAGAUGUUACCAGAGGAGUUGGUUGGUAAAAGUCCCCAUUGGGAAUUGACCGAGUUCUCGUACAAACAAUAUGGCUGUUGAGGAGUAAGCAGAUAGGAAACAAACUUGGUUUGGAUUUGAGGAGAUUCUGAUGAGUUACUAAUUGAUGCUUUUGAAAGAAGACGAUUACUUAUUUAAAACCGAUUUUCAUCAUCAAAUUCAAGAUGGGUUCGAAGAACUAGAAGGGAGAAUAAGCUGAUGCACAAGAGACCGUCUUGCUUUACUGAUAAUAUACUUGUGUUCAUGAAACACACUAUCCUGAAUUCACUGCAUCUUUUUUGUUUGGAACUUUGUUUCACAGUUAAUGAUAUAGAACCUAAAUACUUAUUUUACCGACAGUUGGGCUUAAUAACAUACUCUUUUUCCUUUCC